AUGGUCGACUCCGCCGACGAGCCUCCGCUGUCAAGUCGUCUAAUCUCAUGGGCUAAGACCAAGACUCCCUCGGCGUCAUCCUCUCCUACUCCUCAUCAGAACCCCCCGGACCCUUCGGACCAAUCUCCUCCCGGGCGACAUCGUCCAGACACUCGCCGACAAGAUGCUGGGAGUAGCGCCUCUGCAGCUGGUCCUGCAACAACCACAGAGCGUUCGACUGCUGGAAGAUCGGAUAAAGAGCAACAAAAUCCAUCAAUUGUGGACGAGAAAGGAGAUGGAACGCAAUCUUCCUCCCUAGGAAAUCCGGCUCCCAAGGACAAAGCGCCCUUGGUCAAUCGUUUCUUCCGCGAUGUCAAGCGCAUCCUCUUCUCCAGCUGGGUCAAUUGGCUGCUUGCCUUUGUCCCAGUUGGCAUCAUAUUGGGGAUUAUCGUCGACUGGAUGGACAGCCGGGUUGUCAGCCCAAGCGCUGUAUUUGCCAUCAACGCAGUCGCCAUUAUUCCCCUGGCCUCCCUUCUGUCGUAUGCAACCGAGAGUGUCGCCAUUAAACUAGGCGACACCAUUGGUGCUCUUCUGAACGUUACCUUCGGAAAUGCCGUUGAGUUGAUCAUCUUCAUCAUUGCUCUAGCAGCAAAAGAAGUGCGCGUGGUCCAGGCCGCCGCCCUAGGUUCGAUCUUGUCCAAUUUGCUGUUGAUCUUGGGCAUGUGCUUCGUUGCCGGUGGUCUUCGAUUCCGGGAACAACUGUACAAUUCAACCGUGUCUCAAAUGAGCGCAUGCCUGUUGUGUCUGAGCGUCAUCAGUCUCCUCUUGCCGACAGCGUUUCAUGCUUCCUUUUCGAGCACUGUCACGGCGGACCACGUGGUGUUGAAGGUCUCAAGGGGCACCAGCGUGGUGCUCUUGUUGGUCUACCUCCUUUACCUCCUGUUCUCGCUUAAAUCCCACUCCUUCAUGUACCAGAGUACCCCUCAACAUCUAAUUGACGAGGAGUCGCAUCCGGGAGUCCUCGCCGACAUACUCAACUCCAGUUCCUCGAGUGACUCAUCGAGCUCAAGCGACAGCGACACAGAUUCCAGUUCUAACUCGAACACGACGACCAAACGCAUCAAACGCGCACUCCGCCGCAAGCGGCGCAAGUCAACUUCAAGCACCAAGGACAACGCCUCUGUUGUGACAUUCACCAGAAGUUCAUCCAUGCUCACUGGCCCCGGCGGCUCGAUGAUCCAGGCUACAUCUCUCACUUCGGCGGAGCUGGAGCCCGUCUUUAGUGGCGACGAGGCUGACAUCGACGGAGAAGGAAGGACAACUCGCCAUCGCACUCGCACACACACUGUUCACUCACGCGACUUUGAAACCAUUCAGACCGAUCAAACCUCAGAGAAAUCCAGGAGACGCCACCGAAAGUCCAAGAAGUCCAAACGCGCCAAGAAGGACAAAGACAAAGGGAAGAAUAGGGAAUCAGAAAAAGAAAAGGAGCCCAUUGCUGAGACGGUGACUUAUGAGAGCACCCUAUCGACUGCGGACACGCUAAAACCACAAGUUGGAUUUGCCUCGGACAUCCAAGAGAUCCCUAACGAUGGCAAUGUGAAGCGAUCGUUCAAUAUUCGCAACAUCUCCGAAGCUGUAAAGCCUGCAUUCACCUCUGCCAAUUUCCCUCACCACCAAGCCACCGGUAGGCCUCUCGCAAUCCCUAUUCGUCCCACUUCGCAGCCGCGAGCUGGCCCUCGGCCCGUGCGUCGAACUGCUUCAAUGCCGGAUAUUCUUCGUCCUACGAUUUCGAACAACCGCUUAGUGCCUACGAUAUCUGCACCGGCUCAGCAUGAUGCACCGUCAUUAGACAGUACUGCUGAGGUUCAAGCGGAUGAUGUCGUGGAGCCUCAGACGCACUUAUCCCGCACCUCUGCUAUCGUCCUGCUUCUGGCGACCACAGGGCUUGUCGCUUUAUGUGCCGAGUUCUUGGUAGGUAGCAUUGAUUAUCUGAUCGCCAACAGCGGUGUCAGCCAAGCCUUUAUUGGUCUGAUCAUUCUUCCCAUUGUCGGCAAUGCUGCAGAGCACGUGACAGCUGUGACUGUUGCCGCCAAAAACAAGAUGGACCUCGCGAUCAAUAUUGCUUUGGGCAGCAGUAUCCAGAUUGCACUCUUUGUCACUCCUCUGAUGGUCAUUCUGGGGUGGAUCAUCAAGACAGAUAUGAGUCUGUAUUUCAGCCUUUUCGAAACCGUCAGCUUGUUCGCCAGUGCCUUUAUUGUCAGCUUCCUCAUGAUCGAUGGCCGCAGCAAUUACCUGGAGGGAGCGUUGCUCAUUGCAGCAUACGUUAUCAUUGCUGUUGCUGCCUUCUUCUAUCCCACGUGUGAUUUGAGCUCGGCGAGCGGUCCCCUCGACGGCACUAAUCCUGUGUGCUAA